AUGACUAACACUCAUAUUACGGAUUCUGAAGUGUUUGAACGAAGGCAUCCCGUAUUAAUAAGAGAGUUCUGUUUGGGACCGGGGUCUGGUGGGAACGGUCAGCACCAGGGUGGAGAUGGCGUGAUCCGGGAUAUCGACUUUCGAAUUCCAGUACAAGUAUCCAUUCUCUCAGAGCGCAGGGUGUACCACUCACAUGGUUUCAAUGGAGGUGAGGAUGGCCAAUGUGUACUGAACAUUUGGAUGAGGAGGACACCAAUUCGAGGGCAGCCAGGCAAAUGGAACGUCAAGGAAAUAAACCCAGGAGCGAAGAAUACUGCGAAGAUCUAUCCUGGAGACCGCAUAGUUGUAAAAACCCUUGGGAGAGGUGGGUAG